GGAGGAUGCCAUGACAAGGAAGGUUCAAGUUCCGUUAGGACAGCCCUCCUCCUCCCCAGAGCAUUGUCACACAGAGAAGCGCGGAGGCGCAGACGCGAAGAGGCGCGGAUGUUUGGCGCGCAGCGGCGAACAUGCAGUCCGUCAGCAGGUCGUGGCUGCUGCUCUCCGGCUUCGUGCUCUUCUACGUCAUCUACCUGCUGUUUGGGGCGCUGGUGUUCUCCAGCAUCGAGCGGCCGGUGGAGGAGCGGCUGCGGCACGACAUGCAGGUCCUGACGGAGGAGUUCCUGAACCGCAGCUGCGUCAACGCCGCGUCCCUCGAGCUCUUUCUGCUCAAAGUGCUGAGGGCCAACAAGUACGGCGUGUCCGUCAUUGGGAACUUCUCUGGGGCCACAAACUGGGACCUGCCAUCCUCCAUGUUCUUUGCCAACACCCUGGUCACCACAGUAGGUUAUGGUCAUACGUCUCCACUGUCUGACGCUGGCAAAGCGUUCUCCAUCUUCUACGCCUUGUUGGGAGUUCCCUUCACCAUGCUGGUGCUGACCGCCUGUGUGCAGAGGCUCAUGUACCCUCUGGUCAUUGCCCCAGUCAGCGCUCUGCAGAAAUCGGGCUUGAACCCUCGCCCGGCGACUACAAUACACUUUGUGCUGCUGCUGGUUCUGGUGCUUCUGGCGUUCUUUCUGGCGCCGGCGGCCGUGUUCAGCACGUUGGAGGCUUCCUGGACGUUCUUGGAUGGCAUCUACUUCUGUUUCAUCUCUCUGUGCACCAUCGGACUGGGGGAUUUUGUGCCGGCGACACAGCCUGGAGUAAAGCACAGGGGGUUGUACCAAAUCUCUGUGAUGGUCUACCUCUUCAUGGGUCUGAUGAUGAUGUACCUCCUGCUGAGCUUCUUCCACAAGAUGGCCGACCUGCACGGUCUUACCACCUUGCUGCAGCUGCCCCGCUGCGACGACUCGGACCUGGAGGACGACCGGGAGCCCAUCGUGGGGGGCGAACCCAAAGCCCCUCCGUUGAAAGACAAAGCAGCCAGCAAACCUCUGGACCCCUCGUCCCAGGCGUCGUACAACAGCAUCUCCAAGGGCUGAGCUGUGGGGGGACGCUCUCCCACAGCACGUCCACAUGCAGACAACUCCAGGAUUGACGUUUUGGAAAUGUCCCCAAAGGGGAAAGCUUUCAUGAAAAGACGUUUGAGGAUCAGGGUUUGAGUCUCCACCCUUUUUUUUGUUUUUGUAUGUCUUUGCACAUAAAUGUCCUGAUCUGUUUGUACCUGAGCAGAAACUCACCUCCACAAACCUUAACUGCAGCUUCAGGCCAUUUAUGUAUCUUUUCAACCCCAUUUUUGUCAUUUAAGUUUAACUUCCGUUUUAAGGGGAAUCAACUUUCAUGUCGCUGCGCUAUUAAGCCUCCAGUCAGGCUCUGAACAAAAUGUAUUCUUUUGUUUUUAACUAAAGCAGAAUGUUUGUCUCUUAUUGGGACAGCCGUAGAGAAGCCGCAGCAGUGAGGCUGCCCUGUGGCGUGGUGCUGCCCCCUGGUGUCCACGUGCUGUCAUCACACUGGAUGAGGUUUGUUCAAAUGGAACCCGCUGCAACACCAGGAAAACGGUUGUUUCUGAAAUAUGAAUGUUCACUAAAUAAUUCUAUUGAAUAAAGAUUUUGACUGAAAUAGUU